AGUAGAGCAAAAGACAAAGCUCAGCACCUGCGUGUCGACAUGAGCAUGUCCAGACUGGUUCUGCUGCUCGGGCUGCUGCUCUGUAUCGGGGCGCAGCUGUCUCACAGCCAGCACUGGUCACAUGGCUGGUACCCCGGAGGCAAGAGGGAGCUGGACUCAUUCGGCCCAUCAGAGGUUUCUGAGGAGAUCAAGCUGUGUGAGGCGGGGGAGUGCAGCUACCUUCGGCCCCAGCGGAGGAACUUCCUGAGGAACCUCCUGCUGGACACUUUAGCUCGGGAGCUGCAGAAGAGGAAGUGACGCUGCGUCCACCUGUCUCGCUGCAUCUGUUCCACAAUAAAGGAAGAAUUUUGAUAGAAUUCCUUUUCUGUCAACUGGCGUCGGCACAAGUGGGACCCAUGAGUUACACAACGCAUCACACGCACACCCAACAUUUGUUUCCUCUUCCAUGUUGUUUACUUUUGAUCUGAUAAACGUUUGGUCAUUUCAUUCCCAUUUACAGUUCAUUUUGAUUUCCUUGUGUUCACUAACACAUACAGAUCAACAUCAACACAACUCUGAGUAACAUCGCGCCCAGCUGCACAGCAGCACAUGAACAUGAAGCCUGUUCACAAAUCAGUGAACAGCACUUCAGUUCUGCCAAUAGUUUUUGUGUAUGUGUGUGGAAGUUUGAGAGUUUCUCUUUUCUUUAGCCAAACAAAGUUUUGCAACUUAAGAGCAACAAAAAAUACUGAGAUACUACUAUGAUAUGUUUAUGUUAGUCGUCACAAUACAAAU